ACUCGGUAGACGGGUGGACAUGUGAGGGAACAGAGCAGACUCUGUGGAAAAAGAAAGCAUCAAUGAAGGAGUGGCUGCUGGUGAUAUUCAGGAAAUAAUCACAGUCAGACGACAUGAUGUGGACGACAACUGUCAUUCUGCUGCUUGUGCCUCAUCUGCUUUCCUCCACUGACACAGGACACGGCAGUUAUUUCAGCCAGUCAGAAACAGUCAAUGAGGACCUCUCUGACGCUCCGGUCAAAGGCCAGAAACUUCCCGGAGGGGUCAAAAGUCAGGACACAUGCUCCAUCCCAUGUGACAUCACUGUCAAGCUGCUACGAGAUGAGAAACAUUCAAUCUGUGGCCAGUUACAGCAGUCUCUGUUAUUGUUUGGACGCAGCACCCGGAAGCUGAUCAGGGAUGUGAUGGAGGAGCAGCAGAGAGCCCUGGACAUCCUCAGCAGUCAGGUCACAGAGCUGAUGACCAAAGUGCAGACGCUCAGCUCUGAGGUUCAGAGAAGCAACACUGAGCUGUACUCCGUCAAACCGGUGCAGUCCCACGGACGGGACUGCAGCGACAUCAAGGACAAUCUUUUGUCAGUCGUCCCCAAGAUCCCCAGUGGUAUUUACAUCAUCCACCCAGAGAAUACAGACUCUUCUUUUGAGGUUUUCUGUGAGAUGGACUACAUGGGAGGCGGAUGGACGGUGAUGCAACGGAGGGCUGAUGGAUUAACUGACUUCAAGCGAGCCUGGGCUGAUUAUGUCGACGGCUUUGGAAACCUUGCAGGAGAACACUGGCUGGGUCUGAAGAAGGCAUUUCAUAUAGUAAACCAGAAAGAUACUCGGUUCCAACUUCACAUCGCUCUGGUGUCCCACGAUGACGUCAUCUCUUACGCAGCAUAUGAUGAUUUCGACCUGGACAAUGAAACCGAGUUCUUCAGUAUUCACCUGGGCAGAUAUGCAGGCAGCGCAGGUGAUGCAUUUCGCGGCUACGACCAGGAUCAGAACCAGGACACGGCUCCAUUCAGCGCCUCAGACGUGGACAAUGACGGCUGUAAUCCUUCCUGCUCCAUCGGCAACCGUACAGUGGAGAGCUGCAGCAGCCAGCACAACCAGACAGGAUGGUGGUUCAACCGGUGCGGCCUGGCAAACCUCAACGGCUCCCCCGAAGACGCAGAGCGAAACCAGGGGCAGAGGACGCACAUGUUGUGGGACACCUGGAGACAGAACGGAGUCCCUCACACCAUCAAAUCGGUCACGAUGAAGAUUAGGAGGAUUGCGACCAAUAAUUGACAGAAAGGAGAAGCAGAGGGAGAGAGGAAGAAAACACAUAUCGCAUAAAUUGCACAGCAUCGUUGUAAAACCUGAAGUUCUAAUAAAACAGGAUGGAAGGAUAUCUCGUUUUUUUAAUUGUUUCCCCUCAUUGCAACAAAUUACCUGCUCUGAAAUUAUUCCUUUAAGGUGAUUUUGCUUUGACUCUUGAGGACAAAUAUGCCUGAUGUUAUAAUGCAAUCUAUAACAACAACAAAACCAAAAUAAUAAGAAAAGUAGCACAAACAUCUCCGUCAUCUCCGAGAGGAAAACAAAAAAAUAGGUACAAUUUUCUUUUAAGGCACCCUUUGAAAAAUGUUUGUAACUUACUUAUAACUAAUGGCUUUAUUAAAGGUUGAUGAAUAUUUUACUAAUGCUUUAUUGAUCAGGUUUUAAUAAAAGCAACUUUUGGGUUGCAAAGUUGUUUUAUGAGUCGUAU